GAGCUAGUGAGUAGUGAGUGAACCAUAUAUACUGUUAUUCUCUGAAACCAGCCACACCUAGAGAUCUAAAAUGGGAAGUCCAACAGCAGGAUCAAUUCUGAGACAACUGAGUGGGAAAGAAGCAUGGAAUUCAUCAUCAACAUCAAAGAGGUGGAAUAAGAAGAGAAUGAAUAAUCUGAAACAGAUGGAAGGGUUUAACAAUGGGAAUGGUGGGAUGAUAAUAGCAAGGAAAAGAGUAAUGGUUGUUGUAGAUCAAUCAUCAAGUUCAAAACAUGCUAUGAUGUGGGCACUAACACAUGUUGCUAACAAAGGAGAUGUGCUUACUUUGCUUCACAUUAUACCUCCUAUUAAUUAUCAUCACAGUGAUGAAGAGGAUCUCAACAAAACUCCUGAUCAAAGAGUCAUUUCUGCUACUGCUGAUGGUGAUUCUGAUUACCAUUACUAUUCUUCACCUAAUUACUUUGCUAAUUCUCUUGCUACACUUUGCAAAGCCUGUAAACCUGAGGUGGAAGUUGAGGCAUUAGUGGUACAAGGACCAAAGAUAGGUACAGUUAUGAGCCAAGUUAAGAAGCUUGAAGUCUCUGUUCUGGUUUUGGCUCAAAAGAAGCCUACUGCUUCUCUCAUUAGCUGUUUCUGUGGCAUCAGCAGCAGUCAAGAUUUUGUGGAGUAUUGCAUCAACAAUGUAGAUUGCUUGACUUUGGGUGUGAGGAAACAGAGCAAAGGAAUGGGGGGAUAUCUCAUCAGUACUAGAUGGCAAAAGAAUUUCUGGCUUUUGGCCUGAGUUAUUAAUAUUACUAUCUUGAUAAUAAAUUCAAGUAGAGGGUGUUUGAGAGAAAAUAUGUAAUAUUAGGAUUCUUCAUCAUCAUCUCUAUUUUCUCUGUAAAAUUAUCAGUUCCUUAACCAUGACUACAUCAUAAUAUUAACUUUAGUUAAUGUAGUAAAAUGUAAGUUUCUUAUGUUUGAAGCAUUCUUGACUUGCAGUAAUGGAAUGCAUCAUUGAUUAUCCACCAGUGUUGCAU